GGUCGCUGCGGGGUGGGAAAUAUCCCGGACACACGCAGGCAAUAGGCCGUUCAUGGAUUAGGGCAACAGCCACGAAGGGCACGCCGCAUGCGCACGGCAACUGUGGCACGGAGACCGGAUUCCUCACGCCUGCUGGCGUCGAUCUCCUCCGGAGGCUGCUUCUCACCGCUUAUCCCUGCACCAGUUUGAGUUGGAGAAGACGAACUUCCACCGUCUUGGGACCCUAUAUCCUCUCCUUUAGUUAGCAAUGGAUGUGGCACUAAGAGAUCACCUUAGACAGAGGAGAGAUGAUGAUGAUGAUGACAUGAUGUUGUUUUUUCUCCCUAUGCUACAUAUAUUGGGUUCUAGUUCAAACAUAGUAAGGGAAAAGAAGCGAAGACAUACAUCAAAGUUAAGUGGCGAAGAACAUGUUCAGGAGUUGCUUCAAGGUCAUUUGAAGAACUGCCGAGUAGCGUUCAGGAUGGAGCCUGAAAUUUUCAAAUCCUUGGCAAGUUAUCUUAGAAGGGAGGGGUUGGUCCGUGAUACAAGGAUUAAGGUCGAGGAAAAGUUAGCAUUCUUCUUAUACAUGCUCAGCCAUAAUGCCUCAUUUGAAGACCUAAUAGGAGAAUUUGGGCAUAGUGGUGAUACAUAUCAUCGUCACAUCAAGCAUUUCUUUGACCUAGUUGUUCCUACACUCUCCAAGCAAUUCCUGAAGCCACCAAAUCCUAAUCAUGUCCAUCAAAAAAUCGAAAGGAAUCCUAGGUUUUAUCCCUACUUCAAGAAUUGCAUUGGUGCAAUCGAUGGCACUCAUGUGCCUAUAUCGAUAUCACCUGACAAAGCCGCUCCAUUUAGGAAUAGGAAGGGCACUCUUACUCAAAAUGUAAUGGUAGCGUGUGAUUUUGAUCUCAAUGUAACUUUCAUAUCCACUGGGUGGGAGGGGUCCGCGACGGAUGCUAGAGUUCUUAGGGCUGCAAUGAACAAUGGCUUUCAAGUACCUCUGGGGAAAUUUUAUUUAGUAGAUGGCGGUUAUGCCAACACACCAUCUUUCCUUGCCCCAUAUCGCGGAGUUAGGUAUCAUUUGAAGGAAUAUGGGGCAGGUCGCCGAAGACCACAAAACUACAAGGAGAUCUUUAAUCAUCGCCAUGCAGUGUUGAGGAAUCAUAUUGAAAGGGCCUUGGGAGUUAUAAAGAAACGCUUCCCCAUCCUUAAGGUUGCCACGUUUCACAAAAUAGAAAACCAAGUGAAGAUACCGGUAGCAGUUGCCGUGUUGCACAACAUUAUUCGGUCUCUCAAAGGAGAUGAACAAUGGUUAGAAGAUCAGGCAGAAAAUGUUCAAGGCAAUGUUGUUGAUAUUCCAGAUGGGGAUCAAAGCAAUGAUCAAGGCAGUGAACAAGGCAACAAUCUCAGAGACACAAUUGCACAACAAAUGUGGAUUGAUUAUCAACAACAUAGAAGCAAUUAGUGAUGCAUUAGAAUAUGUUUUAUUGUUAUUGGGAUUGCAAUAAGUUCUUAGGAAAUGUAGUUUGUACUAGUUAUGAUGCUUUAAUGUUAUUCGAAUAUGCUUUCAGUUAUGCUUU